AUGCGAUGGCUCGUCGCCGGCCUCGUCGCGUGCCGCGUCGCCGCGGGCUCCUUCGCCGAAACGCGCCUGGAGAUGGCGAGACGCGCGACGAGGCUCGCGUACAACAAGGUCGGCAAGGCCGGCUCGUCGGAGCUGACGAACGUGAUCCUGCGCGUCCGCGCGGCGCGGGGCCUGCCGCCGCCGCCGCGGGCCGGCCCCUUCCACCCCGACGCGGCGGCGCUCGCCGCGAAGCUCGCCGCCGUGCCGGCCGGCGGCGUGUGGAUGAACCACGCGGGCCACGCGCGGACGGCGGACGACUUCGCGUGGAUCACCCUCGUCCGCGAGCCCGUGGACCGCGCCCAGAGCCUCUUCUACUACUUCGUCGACCCCGUGAGCCGCAAGCGGCAGAAGGCGCUCGCGUCCGAGCGCGCGCGGCUCAACGACACGGCGUGCGGCUGCGGCGGCGCGGAGUUCGACGCGUGCGUACUCCUCCGCGAGGCCAACGGCUGCCCCCUGGGCUGCAGCACGCAGCAGCACGAGGCCUUCUGCGCGCCCGGCGCCCGGAACUGCUCCAUCGCCGACGCGGUCCGCGCGCUCGACGACGACUACGUCUUCGUCGGCCUCACGGAGGAGUACGACCUCUCCGUCGCGGUCCUCGAGCGGCUCCUGCCCCAGUUCUUCGCCGGCGCGUCGGCCGUCCUCCACGACGGCCACGCCGUCCCCAAGGUCACGAGCGCGCGGAACCCGGCGACGGGCACGCGCGGCGCCGGCGCCGUGUCCAAGGAGGCGCGGAAGAUCCUCAUGAACACGACGUCCUGCAGGGCCGAGGCGCGCUUCUACGCCGCCGCCAAGCGGCGCUUCUGGCUCGUGGCGGCCGCGGUCUUCGGGGACGAGCUGCUGGACCUCGAAGGCGACGACGACAUGGUGCGUGUGAAACCUUCGGUCCUCUUCCUGGGCCUCACCGCGGUGAGCGCCUACCACCCGGCCGUGCCCGCGUCGCGCAUCGCGCUGCGGCGUUCCACGGUGCGCCACCUCUUCGACGCCAAGGGGAACCCCAUCGCGCCGACGACGCCGCCCGCGGGCGGCGGCGCCGAGAACCAGGACCACGAGGUCACGCUCGGCGAGCUGAUCUUCUCGUCGCGGGACCCGCGGCUGGACGUCGCGACGACGCCCGAGCUCUACGGCGACGACUUCUGCGCCUUCGUCGAGGGCAAGGCGGACGACUCGGAGGACAUGGAGGAGCGCGUCGCGCUCAAGUCGCUCGUCGAGAUGGUGCGGGACACGCACAAGGCCAUCGAGAACGCGCGCAAGGACGCGGAGGAGAUCGAGCGGCGCAUGAUGGCGGCGGCCAACGGCGAGGACGAGGACGCGCCGGCCGCGGCCGCGAGCGACGCGUCCGUCGACGUGCUCGCGGCGGCGCGCGCGGCGACGCUCGGCGACGUCUACGAGGGCGGCGACGCGGGCCCCGCCAUCGACGUCGGGCCGACGGAGGCGGGCCUCAGCGGCGAGGCCCUGCGCACCUACGACGCGCUCCUCACGUCGCUCGUCGCGGCGGCCGCCGACGGCAACGUCGCGUCGGCCGUCGAGGGCGCGUUCGAGCGCUGCGACUACAGCCUCCUGACCCUGGCGUCGGAGCGCCAGCAGGCCGGCGGCGACGACGCGGAAGCCCUCGCGGCCGUCAUCGACGCCGUCAACGGCCUCGCGGCGAAGCGCCUCGAGCAGGCCGCGGCGCGCCUCGGGUCCGUGCUCAAGGCGGGCGACCCGUCGAAGAUGAUGGCCAAGAUCACGGAGCUCGCCGUGUCCGGCGGCGUCGACACGCAGCUCGUGGAGCUCCUCGAGGCGAACCGCCAGCAGGCCGCCGCCGCGGGCCCCGCGGGCGCCCAGGCGGCCGAGCUCAUGAAGAAUCUCGCGUCCCGGUGCCGCGACGAGAUGGACAAGCGCGAGACGGGCCCGGAGAUCCGGUUGCUGCGCGCCCUGCUGCGCAGCGACGACGAGGACACGCGCAAGCAGCUCCUCGUGCGCGCCUUCGAGCCCAAGGAGGCCAUCGCGCUCGGCUUUGGCGACGACGCGGCGACGACCGCCGAGGGCGUCGAGGUCGAGCCGCCCAAGUUCAUCGACGCCUGCCUGAAGCUCAUCGCCGACUUCGGGAACGUCGACGACAACGGCGCGCCCCUCGCCGACCGCGUCCGCGCCAUCGCGGCGCAGGCCGAGAAGGUCGCGACGGAGUUGUUCGGCGACUGCGACAGCCCCCGGGCGCUCCAGGACAAAAUGUGGAACGAGGCCACGACGUCCGUCUUCGACCUCGAGGCCGUCGAGAUGGCCGCCGAGGCCCAGGGCGAGAACGUGCCCUGGUCGGACGACCGCUACGACGACAUGCUCCCCGAGGGCUGGGACCACGCCGGCCCGGGCGGCCAGAUCAAGAAGAGCAUCGGCGGCGGCUAG